AUGUGCGCUGUUGCUGAAGAGCUGAAUGAACACCGGGAGAGUCUGGCUUAUGUGGACAACAUGCUUAAAAAGUCCAACAAGAAGGUAGAGGAACUGCACCAGGAACUUCAGGAACUGAACGCACACAUAGUGGUGAAGGACCCAGAGGAGGUUGUAGAGUACCCGCUAACCCCAGACACCCCCAAGAGUGAAGCACGGACAUCCACCAACAAUAGCAGACUGGCCGCUCUGAAGAAACAGGCUGACAUCGAGCUCAAAGUGAAACAGGGAGCGGAAAAUAUGAUUCAGAUGUAUUCCAAUGGCUCUUCCAAGGACCGCAAACUGCUCGCAGCAGCUCAACAGAUGCUUCAAGACAGCAAGACAAAGAUAGAGUUCAUUCGAAUGCAGAUUCUCAAAGCCAGCCAGACCAGCGAGAUGAACUAUGAGAACAAUGACAUGACUUCAAGCAAGCCUAUAAUCAGUCCUCUGGACUUGAGGAUAGAAGAGCUCCGACAUCACUUCCGGAUAGAGUCUGCUGUGGCAGAAGGUGCCAAGAAUGUGAUGAAACUGCUGGGAACAGGGAAGGUGACGGAGAAGAAAGCUCAUUCAGAGGCACAAGCACGCUUGAAUGAGUCCAGUCAGAAGCUCGACCUGCUGAAGUUCUCUCUGGAGCAGAGACUCAGUGAGCUGCCCAAAAAUCACCCGAAGAGCAAUCUGAUAAUGGAGGAGUUAGCAAUGGUGUCCUCCCCGCCUCUCAGUCACCGCCAAAGCAUCAUGUCCACCAGCAACAAGUACAGCACUGUGGCCAAACCAGCUGCUCUGACCGGCACAUUAGAUGUGAGGCUCAUGGGCUGUCAGGACCUCCUGGAGAACGUCCCAGGUCGCUCUAAGACAGCAUCUGUUCCUCUGCCCGGCUGGAGCCCCAGUGAGGCACGAUCCUCAUUUAUGAGCCGAGGAAACAAGAACAAAUCUGGCAGCAGCCGAACGCUCUCCAAGUCUGAUGAUCUGUCCAAUGAAAUCAGUGCCGUUCUGAAGCUGGACAACACAGUUGUGGGACAGACCCAUUGGAAGCCAGUUAGCAACCAAUCUUGGGAUCAUAAGUUCACACUUGAACUUGACCGGUCUCGUGAGCUGGAGAUAGCUGUGUACUGGAGAGACUGGCGCUCGCUGUGUGCUGUUAAGUUUUUACGGCUGGAAGACUUCCUAGACAACCAGCGUCAUGGUAUGUGCCUUUACCUGGAACCACAAGGAACACUGUUUGCUGAGGUUACGUUUUUUAACCCAGUUAUUGAGAGGCGACCUAAACUACAAAGGCAAAAGAAAAUCUUCUCCAAACAGCAAGGUAAAACGUUCCUGCGUGCCCCUCAGAUGAACAUUAACAUCGCCACCUGGGGCAGAUUGGUGAGAAGAGCCAUUCCGUCAAUCAAUACCUCAUUCAGUCCUCAGGGGGUUGAUCUAGGCUCAGCAUUGAGCCCAGAAACAGUAGCCAUCGGCCACCCAGACGCCCACUCCCUACCCAGCGACCCCACUGUGACCAAAUUAGAUUUUGACAAACCAGCCACCCCUCCCUCAAAACGGCACUCCAUCGAAGUGGAGAUAGAGGAAACAUCACCGGAUAAGAUCCCAGAUGGAAAAGAGGUGCAGGAUGCCCUAGCGACCUUUGACUUCCUGAACAAAACAGUAGCUAAACCUGAUUAUGACAGUCUGGUUGAAAAUGAGCAGCCUGACCUGGAACUGACUGCAGUUCUACGAAAAACUGAAAUAAGACAGUUUCAUUGUCUCAUCCCUUUAAUUAUUCAACAGGUUUUACUUGCUGAGUACAAGACCACUGGAGAAAUGUUUGCCAUUAAAGCUUUGAAGAAAGGUGACAUUGUUGCAAGGGAUGAAGUUGACAGCCUCAUGUGCGAGAAGAGGAUCUUUGAGGUCUCUAACUGCUGCAAUACUUUCAAUUUUCUCUUCCUUAUCCAGUUGUUAAGGAGAAAUCCAGAGCGGCGCCUUGGCGCGGGGGAACGAGAUGCAGAGGAAGUGAAGAGGCAUCCGUUUUUCAGAAGUAUAGAUUGGGCUGCACUGCUGGCAAAGAAGAUCCGACCCCCAUUUGUGCCGACCAUCAAAGGCUGUGAAGAUGUUAGUAACUUUGACGAUGAAUUCACCUCAGAGGCACCGAUAUUGACUCCACCUCGUGAGCCAAGGGUUCUGACAGUCAGCGAGCAGGAGAUGUUUGCAGACUUUGACUAUAUCGCUGACUGGUGUUAACCCAGAUCCUCAUAAACCCUGUUCACACAUACUCAACACUGAACCAACCGAACAACUCCCUCUCUGUAGGACACAUUGGAAAAUAAACUACUUUCCCUCUACGCUCUUAUUGUGCCAUUUAAAGGAUUGGCAAUAACCUGUUUUAAGAAUCAAGAAUGAAGUGGUUGAGUCUUGGAAGCUCAAUGUGGUAUCGUUUUAUUGUCAGAGCACUUGGACACUGAUUGGUGACCAUUAUAAACUUGUGAGGAAUCAACAGGAUCAACUGCAGCUUCCCUCUCCGUUUUCCACACAUUUUUUCUGCUUUUAAAAGCAGAAAUGUGCUUACUGUCUUCAGAUUUUGGGAUUUUCAACACACAACUGAAGAACUGAACCUGACCAAGUCAUCAAAUUGCAAAUUCUUCACUCCAUAAUAGGAGCAUCUUACAAGAUGAGCGAGCUCAAAGAGAAUUCUCUUGAAUUAUUUAUUUUCUUGUAUUCCCUCCAAUGCCUUAAAUUCUUUACAGGGCUUCCAAACAAUAACUAUGAGGUACAGAAAACCUACCAAAGCGUUCCUGCCAAAUGUUCUUCUACCCAUUUUAUAAGGAAUAAAAAAAACCUUGGCCAAGAGCACAGAUAAAUAAACUUGAAUUUUAUCAAGGCAAAAUGAGAGAAAGCGGCAAUUUAAUUGAUCUUUUGACAAUUUCUUUUCAUUUCUAUAAAAGCAUCCUUGUACUCUAAUCAUCAGAAGAAAUGUAAGUUAUAGUUUUAUACUGUAUUUUUAGAAUAUUAGCCAUUUGGAUCUGCUGUAUGUUAUGACAAUGGUUGUACACAUAUAUAUGAAUUGUAAAAUUAUCAUUUUGGAGUGGGCAGCUCAAAGUUGAGAGCAAUUCUGAACUUUUCACAUGGAAUGUAAAAAUGUAUAUUCAUGAAAAAAAAUGAAAAAAAAGUAUAUUUUUGGCAUGUGGUCAUGCCAAACUGGCUGUAUGUUUUAUUAGUUGAC